AACUCGACGACGAAGGAGGAGAUGCAGAGACCAAUGGUAACGCAAGCGGGCACCGGCCGGCCAAUGGGAGCGCGUCGGGCGCGGCAGCCGUGAAGGGCGGGGCCACCACGCGGGCCAAUGACGCGCGGUGCUGUCGCCAUCGGCGUGAGCUGCGCGGCGGCUGGAAGUGGCUGUGCGGCAGCGACUGGGAAGGAGGCUGCGGCGGCGGCGGCGGCCCGGGUGGUAGAGGACGCGGACGAUGACUUUCUGAAAGGCUUGCCCGUCUACAACAAGAGCAACUUCAGCAGGUUCCACGCGGACUCUGUGUGCAAGGCCUCGAACCGCCGUCCCUCAGUAUACCUGCCGACCCGAGAAUACCCGUCAGAACAGAUCAUUGUGACAGAAAAGACGAACAUACUCCUGCGAUACCUGCACCAACAAUGGGACAAAAAGAAUGCUGCCAAGAAGAGAGACCAAGAGCAGGUGGAAGCGGAGGGCGAGAGCUCAGCGCCACCCCGCAAGGUGGCCCGGACCGACAGCCCCGACAUGCCCGAGGACACCUAGGCCCUGUAGAUCGCCCCUCGUCUGUCAGCUCUGUCCGCUCCCACCCGCGUGUGUAAGCGCAGCCCGCCUCCUACGUCCAGUCCGUGCCCUCCAACCUCAUAGGACCCAUGUAUUUAUUUUCCUUGAGUUUUUAUUUAUGCUGUAACUCGUGUCAAGCAUUGGCUAAAGGGACAUCAGGCCCAGCCGCGAGGUAUCAGUAGAUGCUUUUUAAAGCACAGUGGUGUCCCACCCGGCCACCCGCAGCGAGACCUCAGCAGGGUCCAGAGCCCAGGGCGGGCUGGUCCCCCAACACACCGAGCGGCCUUUUCGCUCCUUCACACCCACAGGCCUGGCCGGGUCGCAGGUCCUGCGGGUCCUCCCUGCCCAGGCCUCACUCUGAGCCCGCGCCAGGGCAGGAAAGAGCUGGCCCCUCUGGAUCUUUCUCUUACGUCAUUUAUCAUGGACUAGCCCGUGCUCCACGUUCACCCCAAUAAAAGGACCUUUCCUACUCUA